UCGGCCGGAUUCUCCAUGUUGGAACCAAACUGAGAGAUUUUAUUGUUUAAUUUGUGAUUAUUAAACCCAGAAGUGCAGAUUUACAUGGUGGAUUUAGUGUAGAAGCGGAGAGGAAGCGGGAGAUUUAGAGUUUUACACACGGAAAGGCGUGUGUGUGUGUGUGUGUAGUGUUAAUGCUUCAUUACUCAGUGUGUAUGAUAUAGUGUAUAAUAUACAGUAAGUGUGUGAGUGUGUGUGUGUUCUGGUUAUAUUAUAAUCAGAGUGUGUGUGUGUGUGUGUGUUUAAUGAAAGGGAGAUUGAGGAUUUUAUUAGAUGGAAAGUUCUGUUAUUACACAAGUGCAGAGAGAAGAUCUUCAGCUGCCUAACAAACCAGGCCAGGUGAAAAAAUCUUCUCCAAAGAAACCCAGAAGCCGGAAUCUGUUCAAAGCGCUCUUCUGUUGCAUUAAUGAACAAGAUGUUCCUCAGACUCCAGCACCAGCAGCAGCCAAUCACGUUGCUCUGCUCAUUCCAGAGGAGAACGGGACCAUCGCUAAGAUUGGAGAGACGAGCUUGUUGCCGGAGGUCACUGCUGAAGAUGAGGGUAAAAUCUGUGUGGUUAUAGAUCUGGAUGAAACUCUCGUCCACAGUUCAUUUAAGCCGAUCAGUAACGCUGAUUUUAUCGUUCCUGUGGAGAUCGAGGGAACGUCACACCAGGUUUACGUUCUGAAGCGACCACACGUGGAUCAGUUCCUCCAGAGGAUGGGGGAGAUGUUCGAGUGUGUGCUCUUCACCGCCAGUCUCGCUAAAUAUGCAGACCCCGUGACUGAUUUACUGGAUCACUGUGGAGUUUUCCGGACGAGACUUUUCCGAGAGUCCUGCGUUUUCCAUCACGGCUGCUACGUUAAAGAUCUGAGUCGCCUCGGCCGGCAGCUCAACAGAACCCUCAUCCUGGAUAACUCACCCGCCUCCUACAUCUUCCACCCCGACAACGCCGUCCCAGUGUUAUCCUGGUUCGAUGAUCUGGAGGACACGGAGCUGUUGAAUCUCUUGCCGGUGUUUGAGGAGCUGAGUGCCGCUGAUGAUGUUUUCACCAAACUGAAACAACUCCGAGAACCCUGACCUUCCUCCUGCAGAGAACCUACAAAAUCUCCAAACGCCUUCAAACUCCUCCCACCAUCCAUGCCUUAAUCUGUCUGCAAAACACACUCACACAUACACACACACACACUCACACAUGCACACACACAAGCCCUUUUCACACAUGCAGUAAUGUCACACACUCACCACAGGGAAGCGGUGGGAGGUUUAGCCGGAUAAAUAUUACAGUCAGUGUUGGUGGGAUUUGGGAUGUGUAUCUGCGCCGAGUUGGGUUCGAUCAUUAUUACAUCACAUCAUUUAUCAUCAGUUAUUAUUCAGUAUUAAACUUGUCCAGGUUUGAGUUUUGGUGCAGUUAAAAAUCUUGCACUGUGCUGCAGUAGGGGGCGCUGUAGGUGCUGCAGUAGCGGGCGCUGUAGGUGCUGCAGUAGGGGGCGCUGUAGGUGCUGCAGUGUCUCUCAGUGUGUGAGUGUGUUUAUCUCCAGCCUGUCAUGGCAGAUCAUUCUAAUGAAAAUCUCAGAGCUUGUUGUCUGUAACUAUAGAAUGGAAAUAGACUUGGUGUAGCGCCCCCUUCAGUACAGACGUUUACAUCUUUUAUAGUAACAUAAGAACACAUGAGGAGUCAGGAAGUGGACCUGGUCCUGUUUACAUAUUAUAAUAAACUUCUACAUUAUUAGGGUGUAAAAGAGUGAAACUGCAGGUGUGAGAGGGGCAACACACUCCGAGUGAUGCAAACUGUGUGUGUGUGUGUGUGUGUGUGUGUGUGUGUGUGUGUGUGUGUGUGUGUGUGUGUGUGUGUACAAUCGUUUUGCUUUAUUUUUUCUACAUAAUCAUCAAACACAAACUUUUCCAUGUUUAUGCAGAUAGAAGAUUAUAAAUGUUAUUUUAGAUGCUAUUAAACACUAAUAAUAAUAAUAAUAAUAAUAAAAUCUCGAGCUUUAAUUAGAACUGAAACAGAAUCACACUAAACACGACAGAUUUUACUCUCAGGUUCAAAACAACAAAACUUUUAUUUAUUCAGAUAAUUUAUUAUCUUAAAACAAUGCUCAAAAUUCUUCUCUCGUAGUGAAAGCACAUCACAUCAGCCUGCUACACCAAAAAUAUUUGGACUCUGUCGUUCUUACUAGUGGGAUUUGAUUUAAUGCCAGUUUUAAGGCGAAAUGAUUAAAAAAUCUCUAAAAAUGAUUUUCAGGAUUAAGUUUUAUUAUUUGAUCUGAGCUGCUGUUAUAGUAAAAAUAAAUCAAUACAGAUGAAAUGUUGAUAAAAUGAUCACGCUGCCUUUAAUUAAAGCAUUAAAAUGAUUAAAAUAUGAAUAAUUCUAUUCUGAUUUUAGAUUAAAUAAGAAACGUUCGCUUCAGUACAAACAUUUAGAGUUCAGUCUGUUUUUAUUUUUAUUAGAUUUGAAUCUGUACGUGAUGAUACUUUACAGAAUAAAUUUACAGGUUUUUUUUUUUUAGACCUUUUAGAUUUUGCAGCAUUUUGUAAACGAAU